AUGUGUGAUGAUCUUAAGAAUAUCUGGUUAGACUAUCGUGUGGACAAGCUUGCAGAAUGUUUUGCACCCCAAACUGGAUGGAAACAUUGUUUCGAGUCCAUGAUGGUUUUUCUUGAAGAUGGUCUAUCAGAAUAUCAUUUAUCUUUGAAGGAAAAUGCAGCAGAUGGGGCUGAACCGAAGGCGGAGAAUGAAGCUGCUGCUAAGGUUCCGAUUUCCUUUCUUAAAUUCACAAGGAACCGAUACAAAGCUACAGCUUUACCACUCAAACAAUGCAUCAAUGUUUUAUGCACCCAUCUUUCCAAAAAAUAUAUUAUGCAGCAUAAUUUGGAGAAAAUGGUUCACCUUCUUGAUUUGCUCGAAUCUUUUGGACAAUUUCUCUCACGAAAUGAUGUGAUCAGUGCAGAACUAGAGCGCCACUUUGAACAUUCAGAAAUAAUCUGUUCUCAAGAUUCCAGUGGAUGUGAAGAUUUAGGGUGUUCCACUUCAGCCACAUUGUGCAUGAUGAGAAGUGAGGUCAUCAAUCUUCUUAGGCAUCUUAGUCAUAAUCUUAACCUACCAAAUGUCUUAAGACGUGAUAUGGUUAGGAAUUUCUGUUUCCAAACCGCAUCCUUCUUUUUCUGCACGGCUUCUGGUUCAUAUAGUCUUCAUGAGGUGGAUAUUGAGCCACUGAACUUGUUGGUCAUUGACGAAGCUACUCAGGUAAAGGAGUGCGAAUUGGCAAUUCCCUUGCAACUUGAAGGCAUACAACAUGCUAUUGUAUUUGGUGAUGAGUGGCAGCUACCAGCAAUGUUACACAGCAAGGUUUCUGAAAAAGCUGGCCUUGGAAGAAGCCUUUACGAAAGAUUGAGAUCAUUGGGUCAUUCAAAGCACCUUCUCGACAUGCAAUACAGAAUGCAUCCUAAAAUAAGCUCUUUUCCAAAUGCCAAAUUUUAUCAAAAUCUGAUUCUGGAUGCUCCUAGUGUUACCUGUAAAGGUUACGAAAGGCACUAUCUUCGAGGGACUAUGUUCGGUCCCUACUCAUUCAUAAGUAUCUGUGAAGGGAGGGAGGAAGUAGGCAGUGUUGGAGAAAGCCGCAAAAAUAUGGUGGAAGUAGCAGUGAUCGUGAAAAUUGUGCAAGACCUAUUUAAAGCUUGGGCUGGCUCAAGACAGAAGCUGACAAUUGGUAUUAUAUCCCCUUAUGCUGCUUAA